CCCACAGGUCUGGUUUGCGCCGGCGCCUUGCAAAAGGAGGAACGAAGCGAAGCUGGUGCCUCUGGGUCCUUGUGCCCGCAGAUUAGCGGCCACGUCUCCCGGAAGAUGGAUCCGGGAAGCCCCGUCUAGAUUGCGGCCUGGCAGUAGCACUUUGCUACUGCCGGUGUUUGUCCCAUUUCGCAUUCACCCCCUUCCCCUCGGCAUUUUAGGUCUGAUCUGGACUCCUGCCUUCAGAGAUCUGGGUAGGGGUCGUAACGAAGUAAGGCUGAGGGGUGAACAUAGGAUGAUCAAACGCCAUACAGUUUUUGACUUCCAUUAUGUCUUGGUUUGCUGACCUGGCUGGAAAGGCAGAGGACCUUCUCAAUAAAGUAGAUCAGGGAGCUGCAUCUGCUUUAAGCAAGAAAGAGGUCGCUGGCAGCGUAGCCUACAGCAACAGCACCUUGGAUGAUGUCAGUGAGUUCCCCAAACAGACUAGGAAGCAGCAGUAUCAAGAGCUGUCUAAACCUGGCUUUAUCUCCUCGGCAGCGGAUAACAUUAAACAUCAGAAGGCGACAAUUCUAGCAGGAACUGCCAAUGUUAAAGCAUCAUCCAGGCUAUCUGCAGAAGUUUCUCCUUCCACGGAAGCGACUCCCACGCCCAGGCCAUCUGCCCAGUUUGUAAGAAGGAAAAAGUCUGAACCCAAUGAUGAACUCCUCUUUGACUUUCUGAAUAGCUCUGAAAAGGAACCAAAUGGGAAAAUGGAUCUUAAACGAGAGAAAAGCAGAGCAGUUGCUUCUCAAAAUCACUCUCGGACUUCAAGCAUUAGCUCUGUGUCAGCGAGUUCUCAGAGUGUCAAAACUGGGGAAGAUGUUUCUAUUCGGAGUCAAGGCAAUGAUACUCUUGAUACUUCCAAUUCCGGGCUGGAGACUGAUGUAGAUGUUCAAAAAGAUUCAUUGCCGGCUGCAGAAGCAAAUCCUAGCCUCACACCUAAUGAUGGAAAAUCACACGAGUUGUCCAAUCUUCGCCUUGAGAAUCAACUUCUGCGGAAUGAAGUGCAAUCUUUAAAUCAAGAAAUGGCAUCAUUAAUUCAGCGAGCCAAAGAAACUCAAGCAGAAUUAAACAAUGCCCGAGCAAGAGUCGAAAAGUGGAAUGUUGAUCAUUCAAACAACAGCAGGCUUGUUCGAGAACUUCAGGCUCAAGUUGAUGAUCUGACAGAAGCCGCUGCUGCUAAGGAUUCCCAGUUGGCUGUCCUGAAAGUGAGGUUACAGGAAGCCGAUCAGCUUCUGAAUUCGCGUACUAAAGCAUUGGAAACAGUGCAGAAUGAAAAAUCACGAAUAAUACAGGAUAAUAGUGAAGGGAACAGCCUGCACAAUCAAGCUCUCCAGACCCUGCAGGAGAGGUUAUGUGAUGCAGAGUCCACGCUUCGAAGGGAGCAAGAAGGCUACAAACAGAUGCAGAAUGAAUUUGCAGCUCGCCUCGGUAAAAUGGAAGCUGAGCGUCAGAGCUUGGCUGAAGCAGUUACUGCAGCGGAGAGGAAGUACGCAGAGGAGAAGCACAGAGCUGAUGAAUUUCAGCAGCAAGUUAAAGUAGCCAAAAUCAGCUGGGAGUCUGCGAAGCAAGAACUGGCAGACUACAAACAAAAAGCUACGCGCAUACUCCAGUCCAAAGAAAAGCUGAUAAACAGCCUGAAAGAAGGCUCUGGGAUUGAAGGUCUGGAUAGCCAAACAGCAAGCAUCAUGGAGUUGGAGGAACUGAGGCAUGAACGAGAUACGCAGAAGGAGGAAUUGCAAAAGCUACAGGGGCAGAUACAGCAACUGAGGAUAGAACUGCAGGAUAUGGAAGCCCAGCAAAUAAAUGAAGCUGAAUCUACAAGAGAACAGAUUCAAGACUUGCAGGAUCAAAUCACAACUCAAAAAAUAGCCAAACAAGAAGUGGAGGCUGAACUAGAGAGACAGAAACAGGAGCUGCGUUACACCGAAGAAGAACUGUAUCGGACCAAAAAUAUUCUUCAGAGCCGAAUAUCAGACAGAGAGGAGGAAAUUCAGAAACUUAGAAAUCAGCUAACAAACAAAACAUUGGGCAGCAGUAGUCAAUCGGAGUUGGAAAAUCGGCUACAUCAGUUGACGGAGACGCUAAUUCAGAAACAGACCAUGUUGGAGAAUCUCAGCACAGAAAAGAACUCCUUAGUGUACCAGCUGGAGCGACUGGAACAGCAGCUGAACACUGCCCAAGGUCCAUCAACAAAUGGUCCCACUAUUAACAUGGUGGGAAUUGACAGUGGUGAAGGCACUCGAAUGCGAAAUGUUCCUGACCUUUUUAGUGAUCUUGAUGUUAAUGCGGCAGGAAUGUAUGGCAAAGUCCGCAAGGCUGCUAGCAGUAUAGACCAGUUUAGCAUUCGACUUGGAAUCUUUCUGCGACGGUAUCCCAUCGCAAGGGUAUUUGUAAUCAUUUACAUGCCACCUCCUGGAGGAGAGUUGAGUGAGCCAGCUGCAAGUCACCCACCCUGAUGAGAAGGCCCACCACCUGUGAACUGCAUCUAAGCCAGGCUACUGAGGCUCCUUGAAGUACAAUAAGACCUUGGAGCUGGCAUCUGGAACUUUGUUGUUUCUUAACUUCCUUGUUGCUUUGUAUGUAUUUCAGGUUAGAUUGUUUCUUUUGCAGUACUGAAGUUACCCUAUUUUUAAUUUUUUUUGUCUUCUUUGAAUUUAUUUGUAUGUUUUGAAAACUAUUUUCUCUCCAAGCCUCUGCCCCUCGAUGUUUUGUAUUAUGAUGGUAAUAGGAUAUUUGUUGUAAGACACAGCUCACUGUGUAUAUUCAUAUAAAUCAACUCAAUCUAUCCAUCAAGCGGGACCUGCAAUUCACUUUUGCAAUUAUCUGAUGCAAAAAGGCAGAAUUGUAUGACCUAAAGUACGCCUACCUGUCACUUCUGCUGGAAAAAAAGCAUCUAAGUAUGGCUGCAUCUGCUUUCUUAAUCAGGGUUUGUGUUUAGGAUGGACUUCUUGAGAAUCCAGAACAAACGGCACAAGAGUUUCUCCAAGCUGCACAUGUGCCCAAGGCCUAAAAAAGUUGUUGGUUUUUGUAUUGUGUUACAUAGCAUUGGCUGCUAUAGCACUGCUAACAAUGAGGUCUUCUGCUUUGUAUUGGAACUGAGUGCACUUUCAUGGGAUAUUACAACAUAAGUUGCUCUUUACAUGCAACUUCAGAUGUAUAAUUAAACCCAGAACCACUCAGUGCUUUGUUGGAAACACAGCAUAAGAAUUUAUGUUCAGUAUUUAAUUUGUAAUUAGAAAUGUACUUCUCUUAAAGUGCAAAAGGAAAAGCUAAGCUGCUGGGGAAAAACCCAAAAGGGUGUUUGGGAAAGCUAUGCCUGCGCAUAAGCACUUUCUGUGCCAUGUUUUUAUUCCCAUGGAACUGAAUCUGGCUUCAUAGCUACAAACUAGCUAUGCUACAAACCUACAUUGUUUUUAUAACUCACUGUCAUGGCUUCCCCCAGAGAAACUUGUGAACUGUAGUCUGAUGAGGUAGCCUGAAAAUUUUCUUCAAAACCAUCUUCACACCCUUACAGAACUACAAUUUCCAGGCUUCUCUAGAAAGAGGGAAUGAUAAAACAAUGCAAGUUUAUAGUGUGGAUAUCCCCCCCCUUUCCAUAUAGGCAAGUUUGCUGCCCAAAAUUGGGAAGCUUAAUUUUCUUGAGUUGUGACACUCAAGAGCUGGUGUCAGAAGUAGGCAUUGUUGGGCAGCUGCUGGGGCCCGUACGCCCUGCAAGGGGCACAUGGUCAACCAUCAGAACCCUCUUGCUGUCACUGCCUGUUCACCUGCACCUUCUGAACAUGCAAGGAGCAUCCUCCACUUAGCUUGCAUUCUGCUCCUGGGUGAUUGUGUGUGGGUUUACAGAGGAGGGAAAGUGAAUGGACAGUGCAAACAUCAGGGAGGAGAUCUCUCAAAGGGCAUCUUGCCCAAGGGCCCAUCAAAACCUGGAGCCAGCACUGCUGAGCGACCUCAGCUUCUCGCCUACUUUUCCCUCCCACUUAACCCAAACUCACUACUGUCAUCAUUCUCCCCCAAUGGGAUGUUGAUAUGUUUUUAACUUUCCUGCAUAUGAUACAAGCAUGGCUCUAUCAUUCUCCAGUGGCAGAAUAACUACAAAGUCUGGCCUUGAAGCUGUGUAGGUGCCAUCAUUCUUUUCCUUCCUACAACCCAAUCAGAGAUCACCUAUUAAAUUUCUUGUGAAAAUUGGAUUGGCUUCAUUAAGCUGUAAGCAAGUGCUCAUGGGUAGUUACGAUCCUUGCCCUAGCAAUGUCAUUUUUUGUCUACCACCAAACCUGAUUUAAUGUUCAUAUUUCACUGAAAGGUGAACAGCAGUACCUGAUGACAUGUAUUCCUCAUUUAUUCACUGUGG